AUGGUGGGAGGUUUUACGGAUAUAGGAGCAACAUGCGUUGACUUCUGCAAUUUUAGGCGCGACCUACUGGCGUAUAUAGCUGAGGCAGACACCCAAAUGGUGAUAGAAGACAUGUACAAAAGAAAAGAGGAAAACCCGGACUUCUAUUUCGAUUUCGACAUAGACGAAGAAGCGCAAUUAACGAGGUUAUUCUGGGCAGACGCGAAAUCUCGGAGGAAUUACGCAUGCUUCGGCGAUGUCAUGUCAUUUGAUCCUACAUACAGCACAAACAGAUACAAGUUAGUUUUCGUCCCUUUCACGGGGGUGGAUAACCACAAAAGAAGCAUUACAUUUGGUGCCGGCCUGAUUGCGAAAGAAGAUGUAGAGUCGUAUGAGUGGCUAGUAAAGAACUUCAAAAAUGCGAUGGAAUAUGCACCAAGAUGUACAACAACUGAUCAAGAUCCAGCACUAAAGAUAGUAGUGCCACAAACGAUGCCAACAACAAGACACAGAUUCUGUAUGUGGCACAUUAUGACUAAAGUUGGGGACAAAGUAGGGGUUGCAUUAUGGCAUAACACUGACUUCAAGAAAGCACUAAAUAAUACCAUAUGGGACGACACAUUGAGCAUAGAUGAAUUCGAGAGAUCGUGGGAAAUAAUCAUGAAAGACUACAACCUUCAAGACCAUAGAUGGUUUGCACAGCUGUAUGAAGCGCGUGCAUCAUGGAUACCAGCGUACUUCAACGACAUACCAAUGGGAGGACUACUUAGGACAACAUCAAGAUCAGAAUCAGAAAACAACUAUUUUGGGAGAUUCACAAACCACCACUGCAGCUUGGUAGAAUUCAUAGCACAAUACAACAGUGCCAUCAGAAAACAGAGACAUAACCAAAAAAAACUCAUUGCAGAGAAUGAAGGUUCGUACCCUGAAACUAAAACACCUUUGAGUAUUGAGAAACACGCUGCUAAAGUGUAUACCAUCAACAUAUUCUAUGAAUUCCAACAAGAGGUAUGGGAGGCCAGCUUCUCGUGCCACAUCACCGACAAAAACAACGUGGGUGACAUGGACUUACAAAGUUGA